AUGCCUAAUGAAUACAACCAAAAUGGGAAGGGUCUAGAGCAGCAGUUUGCUGGUCUGGACAUCAACUCUGGACGUCCAGGUGGAAGAGGUCAAGGUAAUUGGGGUGUACAACAAUACCCAGGACAUAACAAUGCCUACCGCCCAAACAACAGAUAUCCAGGGCCUGAACAGAUGAUCUUUUUACAAGGAGGUCCUCCACAAAAUGUUCAGCGCUAUGUGCCUCCACAUAUGAGAAGUAGUGGUGGUCCUCCUCAACAACCACCAAUGUUUAACCAAGCUCCACCAGACACUCGUGGUGGUGGAUGGGGUGGGAAUGAUCCUGCGACAGGUGGGGGUUAUCCCGGUGGAUAUCAACCUAGAGGAGGCUAUUCUGGUGGAUAUAAUUCUGGACCAC